GGCUGAAACAGUUGGUCACGCUGCGGACUGAUACCGCGUGUCGAACAAUUUAAAACCCUGCUCCUGGCCGCCCUGGCCUUGGACCGAAUCCAUUGCGAAAACAGUUCCACUCGACUGCCAUUUCCGUCACCUCAUUCGCAAGCAGCAGCGAGUACAUCUAUGCUCUCCCUUUCAGCCCAAGUUGAUGUCCUGACCGCACCAGCUACACCAGCUACGCCCCAAAACUGCACCAACAUUCUGGUUCUGGGCGAGACCGGCGUUGGCAAGUCGACCCUUAUCAACUCGCUUGCCAAUUACCUGACCUUUGGGAGCCUCGACGCCGCCCUUGCCUCUCGCAAUCCCAUCACCUUGGUCCAUUCCCGCUUUUCGACCGUCGAUCUUGACACCUUUGAAGAAACUGUUAUCGAAGCCAAGCCCCGGCACCUGAAAGACGCCGGCCCAGAUGUCUAUGCCAACGAGCAGUUUGUCGAUGGCCAGUCCACAACGCAGUGCUGCCAGUCGUACAUCUUCAACUUCCAAGACGACGACGGGCUCCCGGCCAAGAUCCGAGUGAUCGACACCCCCGGGAUGGGCGAUACAAGAGGCAUUGCCCAGGACAAGAAGAACAUGGCCAACAUCAUCAAGUACGCCACCAGCAUCGGCGUGAUCCACGCGAUCGUCCUGGUCUUUCCGGUCAACGAGAGCAGGCUGACGGUCUGGCUCCGGUUCUGCAUCCUCGAGCUCCUGCAGUGCUUUGACCGGGAGGCGGUCGAGAGGGCCAUCUUCCUCUUCACCAAGGCCCGGUCGACGUUCUUCCAGGCGGGGGAGACCAAAACGCUGCUGAAGCGGCUGUUUGAGCAGAUCAAACAGCAGUCCGGUGUCGAUAUCCCACUGCGCGGCGACAACACCUUCCUGGUCGACAACGAGGCCUAUCGUUUCCUGUUGACGGAGCAGGCCCGUGCCCGCACUGGCGAGGCGGAAGGGGCCUCCCAGGAGCCAUCGGAUGACGCAGACGUGUCCCAGGAUGCAUGGGAAAAGUCAACGGCCCAGGAAGCAUGGGAAAAGUCGUCCAAAGCCAUCCGAAGACUUGUGAAGCUCGCCUGCUCCAACGAGCCACACGAUCUCCGACUGGUAUACAAGCUCCAGAGGCUGCGGAUUCACAUCGAGAAGCUGGCUCCACAACUCCGCGAGCUGCAUGCCGAAAAGUUUGACCUGCAGAAGCGGAUUGACGAAUACGAACGUGCCGCCAGCAAGGAGCAAUCGGGUGACUGCCAAAAGAAUCGCAGCUUCCUCCAGUACUUUCUCAGCUAUUAUCCCGAAGGAGUCAUGGUCUGUUCCCACCCAGACUGCUCCAAGAGGGCCAAGAUCGAUGGAUGCUACUAUCUAGUCAGGAUGCCUAGCCAGCCGCACCCCACUGCCGGCUUCCAAUGGGCUCGCAACAACGGAGCCUAUCCCGAAUGCGGACACUCAUCCUUCUUUUGGGAGGAGGUCUGCUUUACUUUGGACUGCAAGAGCGCAACGACCGAGAUCCUGACCCUGGAUAUCGGAGGGACCAAGCACGUCGCACUGCCAAAGAAACAGGAGAAAACCCGCCUUACAAAGCAGAUGGGCGAGCUCGAAGAGCGCGAGAAACAAGUUAUGGAGCAGAUGGCCGCAUGCAGCUACUACAUUCAGAAGCACUCGGUGGUCAUCCGAAACGAAACGUUCUUGGACGGCACGGACUUUGAAGAGAUCACACAGCAGGCAUAUGAUGAUCGGGGCGUUGUUGUGACCAAGAUGCAGAUGCUGCAGGCCCUCAAGGACCAAUACGCAGCGGUGAAGCUGGCGCUGGAGUCAAGCCAAGGCAAGGGCGAUGCCGUGGAAAGUCUGGACGACCUGCUUGCCCGCAUUGGGCCGGACGAUGAAGGACCAGCAAGCGAGCCUGACGUUGUUGUCCACGACCUGGAGUGGGAACCGAGCCAAUAGUGCCGACGGGCCACCAGCGACGUCGAGCCUCAUAUCGAUUAGCGACGUAAUAUACUUGGGUGACUGAGA